CCUUCUACAGGUUGCAACAGUGUGUAUGUGAACAUAAAAGGAAAGGAAACUGACUUCUGUACAUUUCUCUCGGUGUAUAAAAUCAGCCACUUCCUCAGGUUGACCACUCUUGCCGUGAGCUUGAAGCCCUGCUAUCAGUGAAGCAUCACUGCUCCUCCCGAGGCUGAGGAAGCAGUUUGCCCGAAGAGGAGUUGAAUACUGGAGGGAAAAAAGCCUUGUGACACUGAUAAACAGAAGAAUGAGGAUAUGAGUACUCUAGGAGGAGCUGUGGGCAAAGAAAUAAUGAUUAGGAGCUGCAAAUAUUGCCCAAAUGCAAUAAAAUGUGAGUUUGUUGUUGUGCUGCAGGCUGACUAACCAUCUGCGUCAUCAGGUAGCAGACUUGUAGGUCUUCACUUGCCCACAGAGAAAAGAAUAUUUAAAAGGGUAUUUCCAUAGUUGUUGGGGUAGACAGUGAAGUUUAAUCAUCCAAGUGGAAACAGUACAAGCAGUUAUAUCUAUUCAGGAAGUCUGUAUCCGGCUCUGACACGGAUGGAGACUCCGUGGAGAUCACAGUCAGGAGAAGGGAUAUCCUAGCAGCAUGAAGAAUAACCUUUACCAUCUAUUUUUUUUUACUCUUUGAGCUCCAGGAGACUAAAUAGAGGAGGGCUGAGGCUGCUCAGGUUCAGUAAGGGGGUGGGAUAAAGAAGAAAGGGGGAGGAGACAGGAACAAAAAGAAGGCACUGACACAGAGAGGAGGACAGAGAGAAGAGGACCAGUGAGGCUGACAGAAGAUCAGAGACAGUCGUUCAAAGAUGGAUUUAAGUUUGCUUCAGACACUGGAGAGAGAAAGAGUCCUGGAGGUUCUUCGGAGAGACAAACUGCUGCGUACAAUAGAAGAGGACAGGAUAAGGAGGAUGAGAUAUGAGCUCCAGGAACUUCGAAGGAAGGGCGCAAAGAGUUUUGCCCGGCAGUAUGGCGAGCGGACGUGUGCACGCUGCCAGAGGCCGCUGGGAAAGUUCUGGAACUCAGGUGCAGUCUGCCGUGGCUGCAGCCACCGAAUCUGCAGAAAAUGUCGUGUGGGCAUGGGAGCGACAGACUGGAAGUGCACGGUCUGCCACGCCUACAGGGAGAUGAAGAUCAGGUCUGGAGAGUGGUUCUUGGAGGAGAAGGCAAAGAAAUUUACACUCACUGCAGACAAAUAUGAGACAGUUGGGGAGAAACUAUUAAAGACCUACAGUGUGCUGAGUCAUAUAUCAGUUGUGCCACCCACUCCUCCACCUCACUUGGAUCAUCAGUUUCUGAGCAGAUCUGGGAAUUUGAAACACUCAAAACCUUUUACCAAAUCAAUGGAAGAUCUGAUGGUUUCUUUCACAAGUCAUAUUAAAAAGAUUUCCACGUCUCAGAAUGAUGUGCGAGGUGACCUGCUGAAAGUCGACAACAACAGCAGAAGAGUGUCAUGUUUUACCUUUACCACCCAAAAGAGCCUGUCUGACACUGACAUCAACAAAUCUAGCAAUCUCUGCAAAGGCCCAAGUCUUCCAAACCUGUUCAAGAGAAGCAAAGACAGUGACCAGGAAGGCUCCUCCACGGGGGCUGAAGAAGAAACUUCCUUCGGUUCUGAGUACUCUGGAGGAAACAGAGGCAGUAACAGUAGCAUCAACACAGACUGUGGUCUCUUCGAGGGCAUUGCUGUGGCAGGAGAGCUACAGCUAGCUCUGGCCUAUAACACAAACAGCUCCUGUCUGGAGAUCACAGUUGGUGCCUGCAGAAAUCUCACCAAUGGAGACACCAAGAGGAGCAAGUGUCACCCAUAUGUCAAACUCUACGUGCUACCAGAAAAGAGCAACAAACUGAAGACGACAGUCAAGAGAAACACCACAGAUCCACUUUAUAAUGAGGUUUUACAGCAUCACAUAGAGCGCCAUCUGCUGUUUGGAAAGAGACUGCAGGCAUCUGUGUGGCAUUCAGGAACCCUAAAAAGGAAGGUGUUUCUCGGCGAGGUCCUCAUCCCACUAGACGGCUGGAGAUUUGAGGAUAAGGCCUCCCAGUGCUUCAACUGGUACCCACUGUGUCCAAAGCAGGCCCAGAGUCCAGAGGGGGGCGCUGUGGAGCAGGAUGGAGGAGAAGUGGUCAGAGUGAAGUUCAGCUCCAUCAACCAGGGUGUCUGACUCUGGGAGAAGGCAGAGAGCUCGUCCAGAUGACGCCCAUUUCUGAGGGUGAGAAUGGAGAAUUUGGAUGGAUCUCUGAACUUGGAGCUGUGGGACCAAGGCCUCUCCUGGCUGUCUGAGGGACCCCUGUUGGGAGAGGCUUGAAUGGACCUCAGUAACAGCAGAGAUUUUCCACAUAUUAAAUAAUAAAUUCUCUAGGAACUCAUUACACACAAUUUUAUGUUAAUAAGCCCAAUGUAAACAUUUAAUAAAUGGUUUAUAGCAUGCUAGUUGUAGGCAGAUAUACAAACAUUUUUAAGUGAUUAUCAAUGUAUCUGUCAACAACUACAACUCAUGCUGUGAAGCAUUUGGAGCAAUGAAUUCAUGAUUGACAAUGUAACACAGUUGUAAUCAUAUGAAUCGUAUCCACCUAUUGUAUAUGAACAUGAAAUAUGUACAUGUAUUUAUUUAUUUU